AUGCAGCUUCGUUUCUCAGCUGCAGGCCGGCAAGGCUCGGCUUGGCGUCUUGGGAAGAGACGAUGCGUUAGGGCAAGCCAAGGAUUUCCGUACAAGAAGCUGUUCUAUCCGACAGCUAUAGUUGUGACUUCUGCAAUGGCACUUCUUCAGCUUCGUACUUAUGCGCUGUACAACAAAAGCAAGGCUAUCCUUUAUGCGUUUGGCGUUGUAAACUUGGCUGCCGCGAUAGUUUUCAUCAUCGAGGAUAUCACCUUUACAAAAUUCAAUUACAGCCGGGAACAUAGAAAAUACUUUGGUGUACAAACGUCAGGAUGGUCAAGCGGGACAAGUUAUUCACCAUUUUUCUGGGCUACUUUCUCAUUUAAUGAAGCCGUAACCUUUGCUCUGGUGCUGUAUAAAGCUUGGCAGCUAUAUUCAUCGAGGAGUAACCAGGAUAACCAUGGAACUAGGACAAUUAUCGACAUUGUUAUACGCGAUAAUAUCAUCUACUUUUCCGUAAUGUUAAUUACAUGCCUUUCCGGGUUUCUUCUUUGCCUGGAUACACAAUUGCUAAGCUCGGCCGCUAGCACCCAUUUACUUGUGUCAAUUGCUGUCUCGGGUAUGCUUGCCCCGAACUUGUAUUUGGACCUGAAGAGGAAGUAUUAUGCGCACGCGGAGGAGCCAUACUAUACGACGUUCAGUACCGCAUUUGAAGCUGCACCUGGUGCAAGCAUCCAAAGUAUUGAGAUGUCUACGCCUGAUGAAUGGGAAGGACACGAGGAAUAG